AGUACCGUGGUUGUCGUCGUCGUCCGCCGUUGCUUUUGCUGGUCGUUGCUCAGCGUGCGACCGGUGCAGCGUUGUGUAGACGUAAUUUGUCGCCCUCGUCGUGCUACGUCUAAAUUCUAGAUAAAUUUAUUCUCAGUGUUUAAACCAUUCGCGAGAUAGAAGGUCGUUCGUUCGUAACUAGUGGCGGGUUGCGUAUUUUUCGAACAUUCGCCGUAAUAUUGUGCCUUACUAUCGGAAUUCGUCACACGUGCUUGGCUUACGAUACGACUACGUGUGCAGCUUUAGCAUUUCGCAUAUCCCCUGUGAAAAAAAUGCCCUGUAGCAAUAUUUCACGGUAAAAGCUGCCGUCGAAAUGAGAAAAUGCUUGCUUAAAAUAAUUGUGUGCCGGUGUUUAUUCACAUGGUGAUGAAAAUGAAAUUGUUCAGUGUUUUAAUCAACAAAUGUGCCUUGUGAGUAGGAUGAAAAGCCGAGUAAAAUUCCUUUUCCUUUAGAAAAGUUAUGUGAAAUGAACUAUUACGAGAGGAUAACCGAAGCGUCCAAGGAGCACACGGAUUACGCAGAUCCCUAUGAAAGCGCAUUAGUGUGCCAGAAUUAACAUUAACAGUGAGAUGUGAUCGAGCGCAUUUUGUAAUAUGCAGUGUAUAUAUGAUUAAAAAAUAAACAAAUAUAGUGUGUAACUGAAGCUGUAUAUGUUCUGUUUGGGUUCGUAAAUAAUUAUAAGAAGCAAAAGCAACUCCGCCAAAAUGUUCACAUCGACUGCAGAUACGAAAAAGUCGAACUGGUUCUCUUCACUGCGACGACAGCCGAAAGCCAAAAAGACAGCGCUGGCCGCUGAAAAACCAACUCAGAAGAGCUGUGUCGAUUUAACGACAAGUACUUUGUAUAGUAGUGAUCUCUCUAGCCAACCUCCGGUCGAUGAAAGUGUACUGCUAGCGCCUUUGAGUAAUCCUGCCACGGAGCGCUCGAUAUGCACUUGUGAGUGGGUGAAAGUGACACCAUCGCCAUCCUUCUCAUCAGAUUCCCCACAAUCGUCGGCCAGUUCGGCAUCCACGACAACUGCCUCGAUAAAUACGACUGUUUCGAGGAGUCUGAAGGAGAACAAAUAUAAUCCAAUUCAAACUGCUUCUUCGGUGGACAAUCUAACGAGUGAUAGCGCUAAUGACCUCAAGGAUCUCGUUUCUUUGUCCGCCCUGGGGGACACCAGCAGCCUGAGGAGGAGACCGCGGCGGAAGGAGCAAAUAUACACCUCAACGACGGUUACCACUGUGACGAAGACAACGGUUGUGAACAAACAGAAAACUUUCCGCGUGGGACUGAUUUUCAGUGACAAUGGAGAAUUGCUGAAUAGCAGUCUUGACCUGCGACAGCUACUGGAGGAAAGUAAACAGGCUCAACAAUUUAUUCCCGCCUGCGAGGGUGAUACUACAAGUGUUAGCACAGCAGAAGUUAAUAACAACAUCGGCAAAAACCUGCAAUGCCAGAGACAGUUUAGCAUACUGGAAGACAGCAACUUUGACUACAUCGACGAUAGUGCGGACCUGUUCAAUCGCAACUACUCUGGAAACAACAUUUCCUCCGUUCACGCCAACUCAGCCAGUUCUACUCCGAAGGUACUGCGAAAGUGUAACAACUGCAAGAACAAAUCCAAUCUAGUCUACAGAAGAAGUGUUAGCGCUUCUCAUCGAACAAAGCAAAUAAACGAUGAACUAAAUGAGGUGGAAUCUGAGAUGCGAGCGCACGAGAACAAGGAGGAAAACAAACAUUCCAAUAAAGAUAAGCAGAUGGCGUUAGGUCGUAAGAAAUUCAACAUGGAUCCAAAGAAAGGCAUCGAAUUUCUGUAUGAAAACCAACUUCUAAGGACGGACCCACAGGAUGUAGCUCAAUUUUUAUACAAAGGAGAAGGUCUCAACAAAACAGCGAUUGGUGACUAUUUGGGCGAGAAGAACGAUUUCAACGAACAAGUACUGAAGGCGUUUGUGGAUCUGCAUGAUUUUACCAAUCUGAUACUGGUGCAAGCUUUAAGACAAUUUCUCUGGUCAUUCAGAUUGCCCGGGGAAGCGCAAAAAAUCGAUCGAAUGAUGGAAUGCUUCGCACAACGCUACUGUCAGCUCAAUCCGGACAUUUUCACAAACACCGAUACGUGUUACGUGUUAAGUUUUGCCAUCAUUAUGCUAAACACGUCGUUGCAUAAUCCAUCGGUGAAAGAGAAACCUACUGUUGAGCAAUUUAUAUCAAUGAAUAGAGGCAUCAACAAUGGAGGUGAUUUACCGAGAGAAUUGCUUGAGUCCCUGUACGAAUCCAUCCGAACAGAGCCGUUCAAGAUACCUCAGGACGAUGGAAACGAUCUUAUGCACACUUUCUUCAAUCCAGAUAAGGAGGGUUGGCUUUGGAAGCAAGGUGGACGCUACAAAUCAUGGAAACGACGAUGGUUUAUCCUGAAUGAUAAUUGCUUAUACUAUUUCGAAUACACCACCGACAAGGAGCCCAGAGGGAUUAUACCACUUGAGAACAUUGCGGUGCGCGAGGUACAAGACCGCAGCAAACAAUUCUGCUUCGAGCUGCAUGCCAGUGGGGGCGCGGAAAUUAUCAAGGCAUGCAAAACCGACUCCGAGGGCAAGGUGGUCGAGGGUAAGCACACGGUCUACCGCAUGUCGGCUGCCAGUGAGGAAGAACAGCAAGAGUGGAUCAAGUGUCUCAACCAGUCCAUCAGUCACAAUCCGUUCCACGAUAUCCUAGUACAAAGGAAAAAGAAAGCCUUGGCCAAAAGUUAGUUAGCGUUGUCUUGUUUGAAAAAUUAAUUCACCUUUAGUUUUUCAAAACUCUCACGCCGAGCUCUACUACCUACACUACUACUAUUACUACUACUCACCACCACCACUCAUUGUUUGUUGUUUAAGCUCCCCUAUAUAGCCUACCGAUUUUUGGAAUAUUUAAAACCGAGUUGAUGCGCGCAUGAAUCUCAGCUGUGUUCAGUGUAACAUUCUGUGUGCGUGAGUUUUGCGAAAAAAAAAUGCGUGUAUGUGUCCGCGCGCGCGAUUCGUGAUCCAACAGCAACCUAUUAACUAUUCAUCAGAGAAAGUAGCGCAAUCACUGUAGCUAAUUGUCGUCUAAAACAGAUCAAAACAUUGAAACAAACUAAACUAAUUUUUAUACACACAUCUUUCAUAUCAUAUAGACGUCAUUAUUGAUACACGGUAAGCAGCCAUGUGCAUCUAUGUAUGUAUGUAUACUUGUACACAAACUUGUUUUUUUUUUUCUUUUGUUAAUUUAUGUAGUUUCACCCAAGCGCAUUAAAGCCUAGUGUAAUUUGUAAAACUAUUUGAGAAAAUUAGUUGCAAUUUUGUUUUUUUUACCUCGAAGAAAAGGAAAGAAAAUUUAUCGUCCUGUUCGGCUGGGUUUGCUUGAUAGUUUAUUUGUAUGGUAAAUUUACCAUACCUUGACAAUGCUAAAACUUUAUUUUUAACUAUAUUAUCACAAGGCGAUAAUCGAUGUGAUAGAAGGAAACGUAUUAAUCAGAUUAUUGCUAGCACGUAUGUCUGGAAGAAUAUUUUCUCUACUUUUUUCUAGUUGCACUCUGGAACAAACGAUUAGGAACAAGAGUUCCAAUUUAAUGCCAGAAUUACCAAAAAUCAAAUUACCUUAUACUCUGCUAUCACUCACAGACGGCCGCCCUUUACACCCAAUGCAAUGUUUUUCGUAAACGAAAGUCGUGAAAAGCCUUUCCUGUUCAGCGGCUUUACAAACUCAGUACGUAUUAUAGUAAUUUGCAUCUCCGUUGUGGAAUGAAUAAAUUCGCAAUCCAAUAACGAAGUGGAAAGUGUCGUUUGAUAAAUCAUAUAGCAUACAGAGUGGCGUCGAGAUAAUGAUGAUUGAGAAUCGACGGUGGCAAUAGCAUACCUUGGCAAAAAGCAGCAGAAAUGGCCUUUCCACCAGAAAAAAAAAAUUCAUUCCCAGAAUAGAUGCAGCUUUUCGAAAGUGGAAAUGCAGACAAUAAAAAUACCGCUGUAAAAAAAAAAAUUGUUCCACAAUUAAACCGAUAUUUAAAACUGCUCCCCAUGCCGAAUGCCAGUUUCUCGUGGAUUCAUCCAUAUUAAUUCAAUUUAAAUUGAUCCCAUCUCGCUUUUCAGCAUUCCAGUUCAUUUUGUUGCAUCGAUGGAAUUGCAACUUCUCUUUGCAUUCAUUGUGACCUAUUUCGUAAGAUCUUUAAUUUGUGCUGCGAAGUGACCGAACGGAAACUGAUUCGAUUAUCGGCUUACUAUUAUUGGGGGAAAGUAUUUUUGGCAAAGAACUUUUAUUUGUAGGCACUCAGAAAAGGUUCAACUUGUUAUUUGGUUUUAACAAAAUAGCGAACAGCCGUUUGACAAAAGAUAUCUUUCCACGUGACACAGGGACAACUUUUCCAAUGAUGUUAUUUGCGCACAAAUAUUGAUUGCUACCGAAAGAAGCAAACUGAUUGAAUUUAAUUGGAAAUACUAAUUAAGGUGCGUCUGUGUGUUUUUCCACGUAACCGUAUCCAGCAAAAACAAUGCCAAUUUUACCGUUCUUUUAUGAGAACAGAUCAACAAUUGAAUGGUGAAUUACAAGCUUAUGAUUGCAGAACAGAUUUUCGUGCUGCAGAUGUAACUGAUGAAAUGUUCAGAUGAGGAAAGGUCAGUUACCACUGUUGGGUGUUUAUUUUUUAAUUGAAUCGUACGUCAUGUCGACCGUGUAUUCGGCCGAAAUUAAUUUUGUGUGCUAGUGCGUGCUCAUGUGCCUGAGUGACGGAGAGAGUAAAUCCAUGUGAUUUUAAGUGGAGGCUUAUCCCACAUCGAAUAAUCUUCGGUUUCUGGCGUUGCACGGUAAUACCAACCGAUGGAAGUUAAAUUUUCUUUUCAACCUAUUGUAUGAACCCCCUCGAAAACUGUGAUAUUAUGAUAUAAGUUACAUGAAUAACCGAUAUUGCUGCUAUUCUGUUGGCUAAAUGUCAAUGGCAGUGACUUUCGCGUUCAUUGAUUUGUAGCAUAAUUGCAUUGUGGUAGAUGAAUGAAGACCUCUUGUGUAAAAAUAUCAUCAAUCUAUUUCGUUCUUUGCUUAUUUUAGACAUAUUAUUUGUGAACAACUUACUAUGAAUCUUUCAAUUAAUGUUUGUUAAAAUAUGUUACAUUAGAAUUGUUAUCAAGUAUAAAAAAGUAGAAUGCUAGGACUCCAGCGGACUAAAAUCAGGUUGCUUCCGGCAAGUUACUAAGAUUUGAGAAUAGAGCCACAGUGAGUAUUCCAAAUACACCUUGUUGCUGUCCUGGAUUAGGGUGUAAAAUAUGUACGUAUAUAAAAAUAUGCAGGAAGAUGAACAGUUUUGGAUGCUUUAGAUUAGCGAUCGCCAUCGGACCAGCCAGAGUCAUAUUAAUUUUCGAAUUCAAAUUCAAACAAAGUAUAUUUCGUACUAAAACUUUUACAGCUCAAAGACAAUGUGUACAAAAAAUAUUUUUUACAAAUUGUUUCAUCAACAUUAACCCAAACUUAUCUACCAACUUUGAUUCUAUCAUGGACGGCAUAUAUUAUCAAUUUAAGUCGAGAGAAUUGGAAAAGAAACCGUGGGAACCAGAAACCACACUUUACUUUUUGUUAAAUAUCAGUCAUUACUCUUAAAAAUUCUUCUUAAAGCAAAUUUUGAAGUUUGUUAAUAAUCGGAAGCGGUUUUGAAGUGCUAAUCAUUUUGCUAGUCAAUGUAGCUUAUCGUAAGAUGGAAAACAAAUUUCACUAUAACACUCAAUAAUGAUGGAGUACUAAAAAAUUAACUCUGAAUUUUAGUAUACCAACGAUCAAACAGCUAUUCAAUAAAAAAUAACCCAAUUAACAUGGACGUACAGCUAGGAGAAGUUGAUUUACGGAAUGAAAACUUUCAUAAGCAUACACACACAUAAAAUUCACCCUAGUCCAGUGGCGUACAAAGCUCACCAUUCGGAUUAAUCGAUAACAGGUGUACUCACAAGUCACAGUUAAUAAUCUUAAUUUUAUCGAUUAUUUUCAUGGGAUGCCGGUAGCUUCCAAGUAGUUUGAUGAUGAAACGAAACACGAUCGCAUCCAGUGUGAAACAAUAACGGCAACGAAAAGAGAAAGGAAGGAUGUACAUAUAACAUUUUAGUUAGGCUCGUUAUUAGUUGUUUACAAUUUUGUAUCAUGAAAGUUGACAGAAGUUUUUCUAAUCAAAUCGUUUGUUGACCUUUUGAAUAAUAGAAAAAGUUUGACCGAAUUAUUUUAUCGUGUUUAAAUUUCUCGUAAGUGUUUUUCCAAGCCAUGAAUUUGUUUAUUAACAUUUUUGUACAAAAUGGCUGCAGUUAUUACAGUAAACAAUUAAAUAAAGUAAAAUAAUCGCUAAGUGGUAUCAUUAUCAACUCUCUAUAAAAGCUUACUUUUACUGAAAUAUUUCGAAGAAUUGUAGCUGGAAUAUAUCCAGACGAUAUAGGAUUUUAGAACUAGAAUUAAAACAAACAUUAUUCUAAUAUCAGCUAAAGUAAGAAUAUUAUAGGUUUACAUAUAAUCAUAACUAGUGGAACAUAAAAUAGGAAAUAGACGAUGAUUUUUUUUUUAUUAAACCCAUAAA